AGAAGAACCUUUUCUGUUUAAAUGGUUCCAUAAAGAACCUUUCUGUUUCACUCUCUCCUCCAGCCCAUGCUUUUCUUCAGCAUGUUAAUCAAUAACAAGAAGUACUUUACAUUUGUGCAGAAUUUGUUUGCAUUGCUUUCAAUUUUGCAUUACAUCAAUUAUGUCGUCUUUGCAUGAAUUUGUCUACUGGUGUAUUUAUUGCUGUGUUGUCAAAAGCAUCAAUCUCAAUCUGUCUUUAGCAAAGAUGAAGAUUCUGCUCUCUUUCCUUCUACUGGCUGCUCUUAGUGAGCGAGUCUCAGCCCUGAUUCGGGAACACAUUUAUGUGGAUGUUAACAUAAACUGGUUUGAAGCUCAGACAUACUGCAGGACACACUAUUAUGAUUUAUCCACCUUUAGCAGUGAAGAGGAGUAUUUAGGGUUCUUGGACACAAAAGGAUAUCUACGCUUUGGUUGGAUCGGCUUGUACAAGGAAAAAGAUGCAUCAAAAUACAAACAGUCUGAUGGUAACCCAAUAACAUACACACUGCUGACAAACAUUAGUAAAGUUAAUUAUGACCAGUGUGUGUAUGUCUACGACAAUCUGGGGUUCUGGGAUGUUGCGGAUUGCUUAGAAACCACGUUGCCGAUGUUUUGCUACAGAGUGCCAGAUCUGAUCUUAGUAAAAGAGAAUAAAAGCUGGGAGGAUGCAUUGGAGUACUGCAGGCUUCACUACAUUGACCUGGCCAGCCUGACCUCACUCACUGAUUUGCUCACGGCUAAAAAAAUUGUGAAUACAGCUGCAGUUAAUGUCUGGACAAGCUUGCGGUUCCUCGCCGGACUUUGGUUCUGGGCAAAUGGUGACACUUUGGACAGUCAGAUGUCGUUGCCUUCAUGUCCCAUCUCCCCAAAUCACUGUGGAGCUCGAAACUUCAAGACUAAUAGCUGGGAGUUUCAAGACUGUGACAAGAAACUCUAUUUCUUCUGCUAUACUUAGAAAUCUACAGAUGAUGUUGCUGUCGCUACAGACAAUAGUAACACUUAAGUUUAGUCAGGAUAGACUCCCAAAAAGUGCAAUGUAACAUUUUCAUGUUUGUUAAAUACAUGAUCUUUGCCAUUGGGUUUUUGGUGAAUCUAUCUUAAAGUUUGUGACUUGUGUCUCAUGCUAUUUAUGUGCAGCAUAUUCUGUCAUUUUUAAAUGUGUGUAAUUUAAUUUUCCAAUUUCUGUUAUUAUUUUGAUAUAUUUAUAGUUUUUCGGUCCUGUUGUAAAAAGCUUUACAGAAAUAAAUUUCAAUAUGUUGCCAUAUGAAUGCUUUAUCAGUUCAAAUAUUAGGAGUAUGUAGAGAAAACCUUUACAGUAGGGUGCAUUACAAUAGGGACAUUAAUAUGCAGAUUAGUAGAUUAAUGUGCGCUGUUUAAACAGUUUACAUUUCGAUUUUUUUUCUCCAGCGUAAAAUUUAAGAUAGAAAAUAUAUUAGCUUUUUUGUGUUUAAUGUCAUUCUUCGGAUAUUGUCUUAAUAAAGAUCAGCUCUGUCAGAUUGGGAACUUUGUAAUUAUGUAGUUCUAUCACACU